AUGCCUCGUGGACUCAACGCCGCGCGCAAGCUGCGCCUUAACCGCAAGGACCAGAAGUGGGCCGAUCUUGGAUACAAGAAGCGUGCUCUGGGUACCGCCUUCAAGUCCUCUCCCUUCGGUGGUUCCUCCCACGCCAAGGGCAUCGUCCUCGAGAAGGUCGGUGUCGAGGCUAAGCAGCCCAACUCCGCUAUCCGAAAGUGCGUUCGUGUUCAGUUGAUCAAGAACGGCAAGAAGGUCACUGCUUUCGUCCCCAACGACGGUUGCUUGAACUUCGUUGACGAGAACGACGAGGUCCUCCUGGCUGGUUUCGGUCGCAAGGGCAAGGCCAAGGGUGAUAUUCCCGGUGUUCGUUUCAAGGUCGUCAAGGUCUCUGGUGUCGGUCUGCUCGCCCUGUGGAAGGAGAAGAAGGAGAAGCCCAGAUCUUAA